CUCUCGCACCGUCGUCGUCGCUGUCGUCGUCGUCGUGCUCUUCUCACUUCCUCUCUCUCUCUCUCUCUCUCUCUCUUUCUCCGACUUUUCGCCGCGACCCAUCUUUCAAGAAAAUGCGUGCCGCGCCAUCCCCGCCGGAGCUCUCCUUCGGGUUCUCUCGUCACGGCGAGACCACCCAUGUCUCCAUGGCCUCUCGCUCCGUCAAGAACCGUGGCGUCCUCGCGCUGAGACCCAGUUUCGCUCGGGGCUUCGGCGUCGGCGUGAACCUGCUCAAGUGCCGGUGCGGCGGGAGCGUGAGCGAGAAGCCCGCCGCCGCCGGGGGCGGGGGCGGCGGUGGCGGUGGGGAAGUGUUCUACGCGACGUCGUCGAGCAAGUGCGACGUCGACUACCUCGGGGAGAGCACGAAGGGCGAUUUGAACGUGAAAAGGGAGCACCUUGAGGCUUUCGGAGUUGAUGGUCAGGUCACAUUAGAAGGCCCAAUUGAGGAAGUGGCCAAAAUGGAAGCUGAUGAAGCUGAGGAUCUAUUAAGAAAAUUGGGUAUUCCUAGUCCUUUUCUGUGUAGAUAUUCUCCUCGUGGAAUAUUUUGUACCCGUACAUUGAAUCUUCGAUCUAUAAGUGCCAUUGGCUACGACAUGGACUACACUUUGAUGCACUACAAUGUGAUGGCAUGGGAAGGGCGUGCUUACGAUUACUGCAUGGAGAAUUUGAAGAACAUGGGUUUUCCUGUCGAUGGACUAUCAUUUGACCCGGACUUGGUAAUCAGAGGUCUGGUCAUAGACAAAGAACGUGGUAAUUUGGUUAAGGCUGAUCGGUUUGGUUACGUGAAGAGGGCCAUGCAUGGCACACAGAUGUUAUCUACCCGAGCUGUGAGUGAGAUUUACGGGAGGGAACUGGUGGAUUUGCGGAAAGAAAGUCGAUGGGAGUUCCUCAAUACGCUUUUCUCCGUCUCAGAAGCUGUGGCUUAUAUGCAAAUGGUUGAUAGAUUGGAUGAUGGAUCUGUAGCAGCAGAAGUUGGUACGCUCGACUAUAAGGGGCUUUUCAAGGCCGUUGGAAAGGCUCUCUUCAGGGCUCAUGUGGAAGGUCAGCUGAAGAGUGAGAUAAUGUCUAAGCCUGAACUGUUUGUGGAGCCUGAUCCGGAGCUACCUCUAGCCCUGUUGGAUCAGAAGGAGGCGGGUAAAAAGCUUCUGCUUAUCACCAACUCAGAUUUUCAUUACACAGACAAAAUGAUGAAGCAUUCCUUCAACAGAUUUCUCCCUAAUGAUAUGGACUGGCGUGAUCUAUUCGACAUUGUUAUUGUUUCAGCAAGGAAGCCUGAGUUUUUCCAGAUGUCACAUCCAAUGUACGAAGUGGUCACUGGUGAGGGUCUUAUGCGUCCUUGUUUCAAGGCUCAUACAGGGGGCUUGUAUUCCGGGGGUAGUGCUCAAAUGAUAGAGAAUUCUCUCGGUAUACAUGGCGAUGAAAUAUUAUAUGUGGGUGACCAUAUAUACACGGAUGUCAGUCAGUCCAAAGUUCAUUUACGAUGGAGAACGGCAUUAAUCUGUCGAGAAUUGGAGGAGGAGUAUAAAGCUUUAAUUCAAAGCCAAGAUCACAGAGCCACGUUGAUAGACUUCAUAAACCAAAAAGAGGUGGUUGGGGAUCUCUUUAACCAGCUUCGGCUCGCUUCACAGAGGCGAAAUAAAGGGCGUCCAGCGCAGACACUAGCUGCGACAAGCAUGGAGGAUCAGGAACUCACUGAAAGCAUGCAGAAGUUACUGAUUGUCAUGCAAAGACUAGACGGGAAAAUAGCACCGUUAUUAGAAACAGAUGGCGAGCUUUUCAAUAGAAGGUGGGGCUUUUUGUCGCGAGCAGGUCUAUGGGAUAAAAGCCACUUGAUGAGACAAAUUGAGAAGUAUGCUGAUAUAUACACAUCAAGAGUUUCGAAUUUCCUAAACUACACGCCCUUCAUGUACUUCCGGUCACAGGAACAGUCGCUCGCACACGACUCUUAUUCUCAAAAACAUGGGCCAAUCAAUGGGCUCUUGGUCGAUAACUAAGAUUGAACAUGUCACUGUAGCAUUAUGAUGAAGUCGGAUUCGCGAUAACUUUUAUCAUCAGAAAGGAGUAUCCUCUUAAAGUCGCGGGAGACUCGGACUGCGGCUCAGAGGAGUGUGUAUGUGCUUAAGAAUAACAGUAAUUGGUGUGAAUAAUGUACCUUGUACAAUACAGACAAUGGGUGAAUACUACCUCCCGUAGUGCUACUUUGACCGUCUUCAUUUAGGGAAAAAGAAAAUAAGAACUAUGAUAAACAGCAGAUGCUUGUAUCUAGUCUAAACUUUUAUUCAAUCAAUUAUAGUAGAACUUACCCAACUUUUUAUUCAAA